AUGAUUGUCAAAUCUGUCGCCUCUGCCCUGACAAUGGCCUCAAUCGCCUCUUGCUCAAUGCUGGACUUUGGUGGUAUUUUUAAGCGUGCCACUCUCCCAGACAGCUUUUACGGUACCGUCUCUAGUUCAGUUGCCCCAUACAAUGGCGAUUUGAGCGUUGUUGCCAGUUUUUUCGGUAACUCCGACUCAGCUACUGCGACGACUACAGGUGCGGCUCAAACCACUUCCAAAGGAACUAUUGUUACAAUCAGCAGCCAAGUUCCAACUCCAUCUUCAUCUUCAUCAACAAUCAUCUGGUGGACCCCGGAAACAACAUCUACACCUACUUCAACCUCAAGCAUCGUAUGGUGGACCCCAGAAUCCGCAUCUACUUCUACCUCUUCAGUAGUCAAUCUCUGGACCCAAUCUAGCAAUGCACAGACCACUUCUAGCAGUCAAUCUUCUAGUGUCUCGGUCGCCCCCUACACUGCCAACUUGACUCAAUUCUACCUGGACUAUUUUAGCUCCAGAUACUACUACGUCAACCAGUACGCAACCUUCUUCCAGACUCACGUCUUUUCUGAAAUUGGCACUGAAUCUGCAAAGCUUUCCGGCUUCUUGACUUAUACCGAUAGCAGUUACACUACCCUUCUUUCCAGUGAUCCUCAGCUCACUUCGGCCCUUUCUAACGCAGCGACUCAAUUCCCUUGGUAUACUCAAUGGUACCAAGCCCAAUAUUUGGCUUAUGAAGCCACAGCCACAGCUGUGAGUUCCCAAUCUUCUUCCAUAACCAGCUCUUCUUCGGCUGGUGUAUCUUUUGGUGGUAGCUUGGAAAAGGAUAAGAUGAGAGUCUUGACACUUCAGAUUGGUGCCAUUAUUGCCGCCUUGGUCUAUUUGUUUAUUUUCUAA